GUUUGCUUCUCGACGCAGGCCACUGCUCGCGCGCCGGGCAGCCCCACGCCGCCGACGCAGCUUCGCACACAACGCCCAGCACCCCUCAGCAACCAUGGUCGGCAAGACGGCCUCGCUGGGCCCCAUCAGCCCCCUGCGCACCACGCUGACCAACAACUACCGCAGCCCGCCCGUGACGCCCUCACGCAGCCCGAGACGCUUGGAUGGCGAAGUGGCCACGCCGCCCGGCCUCCCCUCCUUACGAAGGGGGCCGCUGACGGACUGGGUCGACGACCGAUCGUCGGAGGCGCUGCCGCCGAGUCCGCCGCGCAUCCGUUUACCUUCCUUGCAGAGACCGAAGCGCAAUGCGGUGGCAUGUGCGGUCGUCGCGCUGGCCUGCGCCUUGGCCCUGCAGGGGAGCCCCGCCACCCCCGAACCGCUGGCGGUCGUCGACCUGUCUGUCACAGACUACUCGGCGGAACCGGACCUGUCGCAGCCGCCGGCUCCUGUACCGGCACCAGUGUAUCACCUCACGCACGCUUUGUUGGACGCGCGCGCCGAGGCCUUGAAAGCUUUACCGCUGCAAACGACGCCGCCGACGCCGGAACGACACGUCGUCGGCAAGGGCGCGUCGACGGUCUCGUGGCGCCUGGAUCCCUGGUUAGUUAACGCCGCUCUGGGCACGCUCAUCACGGCGGACGUUUAUGUGGAAUCGAGACUGUUUGCGCAGAGGCAGCUGGAGGUGCGGAGCGCGGACCAGCGAGUUGCGGUGGACUUCGGGAGUCUGCCGGACGGCGUCCACGGGCUGUCCGUCGUUUUGAAGUCGGCGUCGACUUUACCUAGAUUUGCUCCUCAAACUUUGCGAGCGACGCUGACCGCGACGGGGUGCUGAAUUCUCUCCAUCGGCCCGGGCGGCACAAAGCCGCGGGCCCACUUAACCAUUAGUCUACCUCGAA